AUGCCUCAAUCACUUCGUCGAAGUUGUGCGGCAUGUGCUAAGGCGAAACACAGCUGUGACCUCCGUGCCCCGCGCUGCUCUCGCUGUAUUAAACGUGAAAUCCAUUGUGUCUAUGCAAAUAUACCAUGGAACGUUACGGCAACGCCCGGUCCGCACGACAGAUUAGCCAGUGCUCUCGAUACAACCAGCAGUUUAAGCUCCAGAAUUGGGUCCAUUGAUCCCUUUGAUUCAUAUCCACAGACCAGACUUCCUCGCGCACAAGUCCAACGCCUCAUCCAUAGCUUCCUCCAUAAAAUUGCAUUUCAGUACUACCCCCUUGACCUGAACGCAACCUCAAAUCCAUUCCUCAUCUCUUGGUGGCCACUGGCUCUGGGCGACCCGGCACUGUUUCAUGUAUCGCUGCAGACGGCAUGUCUCGACGAGGAACGCCUGGCCCAAAAAGGCUUCCAAUCCUCUGAAAUACUCAUGGCAGACUCCGUGAGUCUGCUCCGAUCUAAAAUUGGCGAUAUGUCCCUUGCUGUACAAGACGGGACUAUGAACUCUGUCAUCACCCUGGCUACGAUUGAAUUUGGGAAAGGGAAUACCGAAAUUAGCGAAAUGCAUGUGAAUGGAGUUAGGAGACUGGUGAAUAUGAGAGGCGGCAUCAAUUCAGUGCGACAAACCAGUCCGCUGACCGCGCGAAUGAUUAGCUGGGUGUCCAUGCUUAUAAUGGGUCAUCCCCAAUUCGAGACCCAGGAUGAUGCCGGAAUUGGAGAUGGUAUCCCCCCAAUUCCCGAAUGGCAGUUGGACUGGAUCGCCCUAUCCGAGAACCUUUACGAUAUCAGCGACCUUGACAUUGACGAUGAAGUCAGGAAUGUCUUUACCCGCCUCCGCAACGUCUUCCAGUGGGCUCAGCAGAUACCAUUCCCAACCACCAGGCUUCAUGAUCUCACCUGUUUUGUCGUACAUCGACUGUUGCUGUCAACACCGGGCGCAGACAACACCAAAUCCUCCCCAAUAACUGAAUGCAUUCGCUACGCCAUUAUACUCUAUAUGUUCCUCAUCCAAGGACCAACAUAUUACCCGCAUGCAGUCAUGAUGGACAUGAUCGUCACCCAGCUGAUGGGUCAUCUAAACCAACUCGAAUCGAUACAUCGGAUAUAUGAUUCUCUUGAUAUCUGGAUUCUUGCAAUUGGAAUGGUCGCAUCAAUGGGUACAACGAAAUAUCCACGGUUUAAGGAACGAGCACGGGUUUUGAGCACUUCUCUACGGCUGGAAACUUGUGACGACGCUCUCUUCCACAUAAAGAGAGUCCUUUGGUUGGAGAUAUUGCAAGGUGAAAAUGCGUUUCGGCCCCAUUGGGAUUCAAUCAUUGGUAAAGAUCCGCUCGAGCCUCCAUCCUAUACAAUUUAUGCCUCGUCAAGCCGUGCUUUACUGAGCUGA